UUUGCAUUUUACUGAGAAUAUUUAAGAAAGGGCAAACUCAGAAUUAAUCAGUUGAAUCUUAGCUUCCCGUCUCACAACAUGAAGUUCACAAUUGUUGUUGCUUCCAGCUUGCUUGCCUUGGCACUAGGAGAUGCAGGCUAUGGAGGUGGAUACAGCAGAGGUGGAGGAUUUGGGGGCUUUAGUGGUGGUCGUGGUGGAGGAUACAGUGGAGGUGGAGGAUAUGGUGGAUUCAGCAGAGGUGGAGGCUAUAGUGUAGGAGGAUAUGGUGGUGGUCGUGGAUAUGGAAAGCGUUCAGCUGAACCUGGUUAUGGACAUGGUCAUGGAGGUUCUUCCAGUGGUCAGGGUGGUCAUGGACAUGGUGGAUAUGGCAAACGUUCAGCUGAACCUACACCUGUUGAACAUGGAUAUGGUAAAAGAUCAGCAGAGCCUGGCUAUGGAGGUGGAUUCAGCUCCGGAGGCUACGGAGGUGGACACAGCUCCGGAGGCUUCAGAGGUGGAUACAGCUCCGGAGGCUACGGAGGUGGACACAGCUCCGGAGGCUUCAGAGGUGGAUACAGCUCCGGAGGCUACGGAUACCAUGGAUAGACUGUGCGGCUUCACAAGACGAGAAGAAUUGGAUUCAACUUUAAUGUUUGUUAUCAAUCAAGUGUAAAAUGGAUCGAUAUGAAUAAAAUUAGAUUAGCGCACA